AGUUAACGUGAAUGAGUUCCAAGAAUUAGCCAGGCAGGCCCUUCCUAAAAUGUACUAUGACUUUUAUGCCGGUGGAGCUGAGGAUCAGCACACUCUACGGGAGAACGUAGAGGCGUUUCAUAGAAUUAUGAUCCGGCCAAGAAUUCUAGUAGAUGUCAGCAGGAUAGAUUUAUCAACAACAGUGCUAGGUCACAAAAUCUCAGCACCUAUUAUGAUUGCUCCAACUGCUAUGCAUAAGUUGGCACAUCCUGAAGGUGAAGUUGCCACAGCAAAAGCAGCAGCUGCAUGUAACACCAUAAUGAUUUUAUCCUGUAAUUCUACGUGCACUAUUGAGGAGGUUGCUUCAAGCUGCAAUGCUAUUCGGUUCUUUCAAUUAUAUGUAUUCAAGGGACGACAUAUAUCAGCUAAGUUAGUGGAGAGAGCUGAGAGAAGUGGGUAUAAGGCCAUUGUCCUAACCGUGGAUGCUCCUAGACAUGGUCGUAGGGAGGCAGACAUAAAGAACAAAAUGGUUGCACCUCGGUUGAAGAACUUUGAAGGUCUGAUAUCAACAGAAGUUUCCUCUGAUAGCAAUUCAAACCUAGAAGCUGUUGCUAACACUACACUUGAUGCCUCUUUAACUUGGAAGGACAUAAGUUGGUUAAGAUCUAUUACAAAGUUGCCAAUUUUGAUCAAGGGGGUACUCACUCGUGAAGAUGCAAUAAAGUCUCUGGAAAUUGGUGUAGAUGGGAUUGUUGUCUCAAAUCAUGGAGCUCGCCAGCUAGAUUAUGCUCCAGCUACUGUUUCUGUUCUUGAAGAGGUUGUUCAUGCUGUUGGAGGAAAGAUUCCAGUUCUAUUCGAUGGAGGAAUAAGGCGGGGAACUGAUAUCUUCAAAGCAUUAGCCCUUGGUGCACAAGCCGUCCUGAUUGGAAGGCCUGUUAUCUUUGGGCUUGCAGCACAGGGAGAAUAUGGGGUAAGGAGGGUUGUCAACAUGCUGAAGGAUGAGCUUGAGCUUACCAUGGCCCUUUCUGGGUGCCCUAGAGUGAAAGAUAUUACCAGAAACCUUGUAGGCACACAGCGUGAGAGACUCCAGUCCAUGCUGUAGGAUUCUCCAUGAAAGUCUUUGUCUCCAAUCUCCAUUUCCAAUUCUAGAGCAAAAGUGCAAAUAAGUAUGUCAGCUUUGUAAUUUUUUUCAAUUUAAUGCAAACUUUACCAAUUUAUAAAGAAAACAACAAAUUUUUAACUUUUUU